GUAUUUGUAUUUGACGAAUUAGUGAUAUUCGAAUGUAUGUCCUACAUCGAGUAUAAGAUCAUUUUGAAUUAUUUGUUUUGUAAUAUGUGUUUUUUCUCUCUUUCCAUAAACAACGUGCAUUAAUAGAUUUGUAUACGACGUUAUAAUAAUGACGUAGCUAAAGCUCAGGUAUUUAGAGAGUGAUCUCGUGGAUAGAAAGUGUAGGACGAAGACAGAAGGAAGGAGGACAAAAAAAAUAUAGCCGUACUAUAUGUAUUUAGACGUAUCAUUUUGUCGUUGCCCGAAAUAUACGGAAACUCUGUAGUAAAUGAUUGUAAAACUAAAAUACCAUGGGUUAGAUAACUACAAUAAUGGGUGACAGAGUCGCCUGUCAUCCAUGUUGAUCCAUAAUGCAAGAACAACUAUCGCCGUAUUGCUAUUUCACGUUACGCGUCAACUUGACAUGGUUAAUAUUCCUUCUGUAUGGCAGUUUAUACGAAUGCCAAACCUUCAUCGUACACCAAUACAGUACCAGAGUUGUUCGUACCAAGUAUGGACCAAUACGUGGUAUUUUCAAGCAAAACCUUCAAGUUGAAGCAUUCUUCGGCAUCCCAUAUGCCACUCCGCCGUUGGAAUCGUUACGCUACAUGCCACCAGUUAUACCAUCGUCGUGGCAAAAUAUCAAACUCGCCGAUACCUUCUCACCGGUUUGUCCUCAGAAACUGCCAGAUAUAUCGAAUCGUACCGAAGCGCUGUUGAAGAUACCGAGAGGUCGUCUCGUUUAUUUGGAAAAACUAUUACCGAUGUUGUCAAAUCAGAGCGAAGAUUGCCUUUAUCUCAAUAUCUAUGUACCUAAAACUGUAGCUUCGUCAAAUGAAGUAGGAUUAAUUCCUACGGUUUUAUUCAUUCAUGGCGAAUCGUACGAAUGGAAUGCUGGCAAUCCAUAUGAUGGCUCAGCAUUGGCCAGCUAUGGAAACGUUAUUGUAGUUACCAUCAACUAUAGAUUAGGAAUAUUAGGUUUUCUAAAAACUGGUACCACAAAUAGCUCUCAGGGAAAUUAUGGCUUAAUGGACAUCGUAGCAGGACUACACUGGUUGAAAGAAAAUCUGUCUGCGUUUGGAGGAGAUCCUGACAGAAUAACGAUUAUGGGUCAUGGUACAGGAGCUGCUUUAGCUAAUUUUAUAGCUGCUUCUCCUACCACAAAAGAACUUCUUCAUCGCGUCAUUUUACUGAGUGGUUCUGCCUUGAGCCCGUGGGCCCUACAAAAAGAUCCACUUAUGAUUAAACGCAAAGUAGCCGAACAAACUAACUGCCACGGAGACCUAGCCGAAGAAGACAUGGCACCGUGUUUACGUUUGAAAAAAUUACCCGAAUUAAUGAACGUCAACGUCGAACCACCACGAUUCCUUGCUGGUUUCGCUCCUUUCAUCGACAGAAGCGUAUUAUUCAAUAACGUUGCCAAUGAUGCACUAAUGAUGGAUAUGGCUGUGCUAUCAAAAAACAAUAAGAAAAAUCACGGCUUUAGUUUCGCCAAUUUCGCCGAACGUGAUUUAUUAUUCGGUCUAACUAGUAUCGAAUCUUAUCCGGAUUUUUGUGCCCAAGAUUUGGAAUUCGGUUUCACCGAAGCGAAACGUGAUCGAAUGUUGAGAACGUUUGUAAGAAAUUGUUAUUAUUUCCAUUUGAAUGAAAUCUUCGCGGCUAUUAAAAACGAAUACACGGAUUGGGUGAGACCGGCACAAAAUCCGUUCAGUAUACGAGAUAGCACAGUGGAUAUACUCAGCGAUGGCCAUACUUCAUCUUAUUUACUAAAAGUUGGAUUUUUGCACAGCGUUCAAGGAGGUCGCACGUUUUUCUUCCACUUUUCUCAUCAUAUGGAUGACAGCGAAUUUCCACAGAAAACUGGAAGUAUUAAAGGCGACGAUCUUCCGUUCAUUUUUGGAUUUCCUGUAUCUGGUUCUAAUCAACUGUGGAGGAAAAAUUUCAGCCAUCAAGAUAGCCAAUUAUCUGUGACCGUUAUCCAUUAUAUAUCAAAUUUCAUCAAAAAAGGCGAUCCUAAUGGGUCAUCUGAUGACAAAGCAGAAGAAAACACAAAUUAUCCAGUUUGGAAUAUGUACGAUACGGUGAACCAACUCUAUUUAGAAUUAGGUCACAAACCGGUUGUUAAAAACCAUUAUCGAGGACACAAAAUGUCAAUAUGGUUGAAUUUGAUACCACAGUUACAUCGGCCUGGCUUUACCGAGUUUUCUAUGCAACAUCAUCAUUUCAAAGAACAAUCUCCUCAGUAUUAUGACGGGUUAGUAAGACUGCAAUCGUACAAACCUAUCAAUAAACCUAUUCCUGUGACGGUAGAUUUCGUCGUACCUACAACAGCUACUCCAAAAAUAACCACGUUUUUCAAAUCUACCUCAAACUUGUAUAAAAUCGAUCAUACAGAAAUGACUACAAACUGCACGAAUUUCUCCGUUUACAAUACCUCGUUUACACUCCAACCACACGGCGACAAUGUAUACGAAAAUAACAGCAAUCUGCUGCGUAAAAUCGUUAAUCGUCAUUAUCAAAACUACACGAUAGCUUUAACCAUCACCGUUGCUGUCGGAUGUUUCUUACUUCUGCUGAAUAUUUUCAUAUUCGCUAAUAUUUAUCAACAACGAGAAAAUAUCGCCAGAAGUAAAUGUCGAAAAAAGGGCAAAAAAUCCAAUCAAUCUGAUUUAAUCGAUAGCACAAUAAUGGAAAAUCCCUUGGAAAACGAUUCCUUUGUACUGAACCAGUUGAACGAAUCGUCACCGCAGACAAAAUCCGCAUCUGUUUUACAAGUGCGAAAUAUUACCUCGCAUAAGAGUACUUGCACUCAGAGCAUGUUAUCCGAUGUAUACGAUGGUAAAAGUAGAACGGUUGAGAUUACGUUGGAAAAUUUACACAGUCCUAUUAUCCCAGAGCCUCCUCCGCCUCCCAAGUGUUACCAAGGGAGGGAAUUUAUCUCUUGAAAUACUGCCUAUAUUUUAAGCAUUCAAUUUAUAAUUAACAUUUUUAUUUAGCUUCGCAGCGAAAUUACGUUAUACCGCGUGUAUUAUGUGGUAUGAUCGAGAGUUUCAAAUGUACCAUACUGUUAUCCUAUAUACAAAUGUAUUUAUUUUUGGUUCGCAAUCAAAACACAAGGUUACAAAAUAUUAUUGUGAUUUUUCGUCAUUUGUUAAAUUUUUGUUUUGUGAUGAUCUUAAAUAAUAGCUUGACGUUUAACUAUUAAAUCUUAUCGCUGUAUUAUAAAUAAGGUUUACCUGUAAAAAAAAAGAGAAAAAAAAUAGAUAAUUUAAGGUGGUUCUA